CUUCCUCCAGGCAACCUGCUGCGCGAGGGUUGGGGCCGCUCGGUGUGGGGCCCGAACGCUCAGGAGUUCCGGCAGCGCUUCGACACGGCGGAGACGAAGGGCGAGGGCACGCGGCGGCUGAAGAACCUCUACUUCCUGUACCUCAUCGAGCUGCGGGCGCUCUACAAGGUGGCGCCGUACUUCGAACGAGCGUUUAUCAACUUGUACACGGGAAACGCUCAGGAGGACGGAGCCACCAAGGACCUGCUGCUGCAGGUCUUCAACGAGAUCAAAGCGUUCCCCAUGCACUUUGAUGAGAAGUCCAUGUUCGCCGGACACAAAAUCGAAGCCAAAAUAUUAAAGGAGGAGUUCCGACUCCACUUUAAAAACAUCUCCCGGAUCAUGGACUGCGUCGGCUGCAGUAAAUGUCGACUGUGGGGGAAACUGCAGACUCAGGGUCUGGGUACAGCUCUGAAGAUCCUCUUCUCUGAGAAGGAGAUCCAGAAUCUCCCGGAGCACAGUCCGUCCAAAGGCUUCCAGCUGACUCGGCAGGAGAUCGUGGCCUUGCUCAACGGCUUCGGCAGGUAGGUCCACUCAGAGCAGAGAGAC